AUGUCCAGGACAGGCCCAUCCGUCUUCGGAGACACGACGGAACGACGUAUCCAGAUUGCGCAUGUGAAGAGGCGUGGACAUUCAACCAAGCGGGCUCGGACAGACUUGCGGUGGGUGGGGGGAAAGGCUGAUCUACUCUACAAUCUGAUGCAAGCAAGGCUGAGCAACAACAAGUCUAACCCAAAAACGGUGUGUGCGCUAACCAGUGGACCUCGGCUCGGCGUGAAGAAGCGCUACGAGCUGGAGGCUUCUGGAAGCAUGGUGCAAACAAGCCAGGACCGAGAGGAGAGGAACAAGAUGGGGGCAAAGACUGGCCACUGUGGGUAG